UGAUUAGAUGGGCUUGCUGUGGCGCCAGACCCACACACGUUCGUGAAUUUGAUAAUAUAUAGCUUCUCCUAGAAACAACGAAGUGGCGAGUGAUGAUAACAUGGUCCCCCCACAACACCUAACCAAAGCGACAAGCACUAAAUAUAUUCGCACCAAAGAAGUGGAAAUAUUUAACCACAAUAAGUAUUGAUUCACACCUUUGUUCCCUGGCCUUCUUCUCGCGCAACUCCGCAAUGAAGUCCCCUCUGCUCAAACUCCCUUUCUCCAGGCAUCGCCACAGCCCGCAGAGCUUUCCGAAAUUCGUCUUGCUCGUCGUGUUGAUCCUUGUAUUCUUUACCAAGAUCACCCUAUACGACGCGCUGGUCGCUUCGUCUGCCGGUGCUGCGGAUGAGGACGCUGCUGCGUAUUUUGUUAACCUGACAGAGUGUGACAUAUUCAGGGGGAAAUGGAAGUGGGAUUCGGAGAUGCCGUACUACACAAACAAGAAUUGUUUCACCAUCCAAGAGCAUCAGAACUGCCUCAAGUACGGGAGGCCGGACCUCAGCUUCUUGAAGUGGAGGUGGAAGCCCGAGAGCUGCGAACUUCCGCGGUUCGAUGCAGCGAGGUUCCUCAAUCUCGUGAGGCACAAAUCCCUGGCAUUUGUAGGGGACUCCUUGGCUAGGAACCACAUGCAGUCCUUGUUGUGCGUGCUGUCCAAGGGAGAAUGGAUUUGGGAUCCGGAGAUGCCAUACUACACAAACAUGACUUGUUUUAUGAUCCAAGAGCACCAGAACUGCAUCAAGUAUGGCAAACCAGACCUCAACUUCUUGAAGUGGAAAUGGAAGCCCGAGGGAUGCAAACUCCCGCGGUUCGACCCAGAGAGGUUCCUCGAUCUCAUGAGGAACAGAUCCCUGGCAUUUGUGGGGGACUCCUUGGCUAGGAACCAUAUGCAGUCCUUGAUGUGUCUCUUGUCAAAGGUAGAGCACCCAAAGGACAUCUCUGAUUCCAGGGACCCAAACUUCAAACGCAUGAUCUUCAGAAGCUACGGUUUCACCAUUUUGAUCUUCUGGUCCCCUUUUCUGAUCAAAGCCCAUGAAAUAGAUUCAAACGGCCCAACUCACACCGGCCUAUGGAACCUCUACCUCGAUGAAGCCGACGACAAUUGGGCCUCCCAAAUAAGCCGGUUCGACUACAUAAUCAUGUCAGCAAGCAACUGGUUCACUCGAUCCUCAAUGUUCUACGAGAAGGGUCGGCUCGUUGGCUGCCACUACUGCCUAGACGACAAUGUGACGGACCUAACUCUCCGCUACUCUCACCGAAUGGCUUUUAGAACUGCACUCCGAACCAUCAAUGAGCUUAACUUCAAAGGAAAGAUGAUUUUAAGAACGGUGUCACCAUCUCACUUUGAGAAUGGAGAAUGGAACAAGGGAGGAAACUGUAUGCGGACAUGGCCGUUUCGAAGCAAUGAUACAAGGUUGGAGGGAUUGGAGGCCGAGUUUUAUAACAUGCAAGUAGAGGAAUUUAGGGAAGCGGAGAAGGAAGCGAGAAAGAAGGGGGUGAAACUUAUGCUGAUGGAUACUACAGAAGCAAUGUUGUUGAGGCCCGAUGGGCACCCAAGCAGAUACGGGCACCGGGCGAACGAGAAAGUUACACUGUACAACGAUUGCGUGCACUGGUGUUUGCCUGGGCCGAUAGAUGUGUGGAAUGACAUGCUGCUUCAGAUGCUGAGAGUGUAGAUCCCUAAAUUGCAAUUAAGUUGUGUACUCCGAAAAAUUCAAAAUUUGUUAGUUAAUAACAUUUUUUGUUUUCAAACUAGAAAUGGUAUUAAGCAGAUUAUACAUUUCUGAUAGCAGCAAUAAUAGCUGCAUGGAGAAUAA